AUGAAGGCGUCCCCCUCUCUCGCCGUGCCCAUUUGCACGACCGAGUGCGGAUCUGAUGCCCCCGAGUCAUCGGACGAGUUCGGGCCUGAACCGGCUCGUCGCUUCCUCAAGUAUCCUUUGCUCCUCGAUCCUUCUCAUACACCAUGCUGUCCCCCCAAGCCUGACGUAGCCGAGGUGGACCCCUUACCGCUUAAGCUCCUAAAUGGUCAAGAGGACGAGUUCGUGUACAUUCGCAUGUUCCGCUGCCCUACGGACGCAUACAUCCGCCCCACAUCGCUCGAAGAGUCCAACAACAUCAUUCGAGUGUCCCAUGCUAUCGUCGUGGAAAUUCGGUAUAGGCAAUUAGGGCAACCGGCGAAGGAACCGGAUCAAGUUCUAACUAUCCGCAAGCCGAUCUCUAUCACCUCGUGUUGCUGCCUCUUGGACUCGCUCCAGUUGCCCGCCUACGCCCAAAACUCUCCCAAUUCGGUCGUCAGACCUUUGAAAGAGGUCUGUCAGUGCGCAUUCACUCUCGAAGCGAUGCUCGAUCGUGAUGGGGAGGCAUUGCAGCGAGCGGCAUCGAUCGAGGAACCGACAGGCGAGACGAGGCACGUUGGCUGCGAUCGCUUGAACAAAUCACCGGCCUACACCGAGCCUUCUUCCUAUGCGUCUUCACUUGCACCCUUACCCAGCCCACCUGCUGAAGACUAA